UUGACGACGAUCGCCCCGGGUGCGAUAACCAUGGUCACGCUAACGACCGAAUUGGUAGAGUUCACCUCGUCAAGGCUGCGUUUCGACCUGACUCUGGACGACGGUCUCGUCCGGUCCACUGAUUUGGAAGUCUGCCAUGAGGGCAUCAGUCACCUCGGCAAAAACUACCCCUGUUCCUCACCCGACCAAUGGAGCAAACACGGAGAAGGUGAAAACCUCCUCGGACAAUACAACCUCGGUCUAGUCUGCAAUUCGUUCAUCGAACGAUCCAAACAGGAAGAAAAUUACCUGCGAUUCACGGUUCCAAUACUGCUGAAGCCCGGCGCAAAAUACACUGAUGGCACCCCACUGGCCAUCAGCUCUCAGCUCGUGACCAGUGCUGGGAAAGAUCAGAAGAAUUUGAAGCUGACAGUCAGCGAGAAGGCUGAGCAAACCAUCGGAACGUUCUUCGAGCCAUCGGUCAAGCAGACGAAGAGCGAUGAGGAGAGCAUAGGAAUUCGUCAGAGGCGAUGGAUAUCCUUCAACAUCACCGUUCCGAAAGGCGCAAUGACGGAAGUGUCCGUCAAAGUGCAGGGCGCUAGAUCCGACAAGGUUGCAAUCAUUGUGCUCCACGAUCUGCGCAUAUCGGCCGUCGGACGCAACAUUCCAUGUUAUCGAGACAAAAAACUCCAAGUCACCCUGGGCUCAUCGUUUGGAAACGUUCAACAUGACAAGGCCUCAGCCCCCCUAGGAUAUUUCGCGAACCCCGGUUACAGUCAUGUGCGAGGACGCUUCCAACAAGGAGACGAUGAUAUUGUCCUCGAGGCUUUGGUGGAAAUGACGGAUCACGAAACAACUGACGAUGGGAGUAAACAUCCAAUCACCAUCAAGGUCGGUAUGGCCGGAUGGGAGGGUGAAGCUCGGCAAGAGCUCACCGUUGUUCGUACCGGUAAAGAAGCGACUGCGAUCGACGUGAAGCUCACCGUCAACAAUCAAGCUCCAUUCGAGAGAGGGAAUGAAAUUCCCGUCAUGGCCGAGCUCAAGCAUUUCUUGACGUCUCUCAUGGAGCCCACUCGCCUAGCUCUCCGAAUCUUUCUCCCCAACUUCGUGACUUUCGGAGGCGUCACGGACGUUCAUUCGGCCUCCAACUACAAACCCGAAAUCAAGAACUCAACGAACGGAGUUGAUAUAAUUUUCCCGAAACUUCUGUUCGCUGAUGAAAUACGCGUGAAUAUGACUCUGGUGUCAGAUCCCGAAAACAGACGCGGAUACGGAACCGGCGUCAUCGAAGCGACAUCCCCCUACCGGGUGGAAUGCGAAUACACUCCGAGGAAAGACCGGAGUCCUGAAGCCUUCUGCUCAGACCAACACGCGCUGACUUACAAAGUCAAUUCGGAAGAAUGCGUCCUGAACCUCGGCCUAGAGGACGGCACGAUCAAGGACUGUCAGAUAACUGCCUCGUCAGCGUCCGAUUCACAACAUGCUCCGUUCCACGUCCGGAAAGGAGGACCGUCAGCUUGGUCUCCGGCCAUCAAAGAGGGCAUGGACGACGCAUAUCUGGACAUCGCAUUUCUCAGAGUCACUCGGGUGUCUCAACUCGAAAUGUUCUAUGUUCCCGGAACUCGGAGAGUUCAUAAGUACAGACUCCAGGCCAGCAAUGACGGAAGGAACUGGUGGGAUCACUUGACGACUCGAACUCUGUCCUACGAAAACGGAGUGGCGAAGGAUCGAUUGCCGCUCGCUGUGCAGGCGCGUCAUCUUCGAAUAAUCGUCGUCGAAGCCGCCGACGAGCAUGUCAAGGACGACUUGAAUCUCGGCAUGCAACUGGAGCUUUACGGAUGUUACAUCGGAAGUUUCUCUGAAGACGAGAACUGUCAAAUCGACACAACCUGGUACUCCAAUAUCGAAUCGAUGAGAGCCCGCCAUGUUGCUGUGGACACGAACACGGACACCGCAUAUUUCUGCGACUUCAGCGAUUCGAGUGGGAAAAACUGUCUUUCGUCGUCGGAUGGCGGAGCUACUUGGAAAUUGCAACCCGCCUUCGUCGGCCGUCUGAUCGGAUUUGAUCAGACCAAAGGAGUCGUCUACGCUCAAGACAGGAUGACUAACGGCUCAUAUUUCGCGACGAAGGAUGGCAUCAAAUGGAUGUCAGUCAGCGAAAAGGAGGUGAAUCCUUCAUCACUCGCCAAAUCCGUGAUCAUCCCAGGAAUCGGGAGGAAAUCCCUCCUCGGGAAAGAGGAGUUCAAUUUCGGAAAAUGGAAAGCAACCUUCGACGGCAUGUUCUUCAACGACGGAGAAUCUCCAGCUGCUCGAUGGGGAUCGUGUUGUGCUCCGAAAGGAGGAGGCACCACGCUACCCCCGACCACAGAGGACUACACAACUGUCGAUUCGGCUCGGAAGUGA